AUGGAAAACGAAGGAAUAUAUCAACAGCGAUUUUUAGAUUCUGAAGUCACUAUAGAUGAAGAAGUAAAGAAAGAAACAAUUGAUGAUCCAGAUGAAUCACGUUUUGAUGAAUAUUCUUAUACGGAAAAUGAAGAAAUAUGUCUACAGCAAUUUUUAAAAUCUGAAGUAACAAUUGACGAAGAAGUUAAGCAUGAACCGAUUGAUGAGCAUAUUGCAGACACUAGUGAGGACAAAAUAAAUUUAUAUAACAAACCUUACAUAUGUAAUGACGACGUCAGUGAGUCAAGUGAUAAUAUAAAUAAAUGCAAUAAGUCAUUUAAAGAAGUUUUAGGAAAACGUAAAACUACCCUAAACUUGAAACAACCCUUGAAAUGUAAAGUUUGCAAUAAAUAUUUUUCAACAACUAGCACCUUACAUCAACAUAAAAUGAUUCAUACAGUAGAACGUCCUUACAAAUGUGAAACCUGUAAUAAAGCAUUUAUAAGAAAUCGUGAAUUAAUUCGACAUAAAAGGAUUCAUACAGGAGAACGUCCUUACAAAUGCGAAAUAUGUAAUAAAGCAUUUUCAACAAGUGAUUAUUUAAGUUUACAUAAAAAAUAUCAUGCGGGAGAACGUCAUUACAAAUGUGAAAUAUGUAAUAAAGCAUUUAUAACAAAUGGUAAUUUAAGUCAACAUAAAAGGAUUCAUACGAAAGAACGUCCUUACAAAUGCGAAAUAUGUAAUAAAGCAUUUUCAACAAGUGAUUAUUUAAGUUUACAUAAAAAAUAUCAUGCGGGAGAACGUCCUUACAAAUGCGAAAUAUGUAAUAAAGCAUUUAUACGAAAUGGUAAUUUAAGUCGACAUAAAAAGAUUCAUACGAAAGAACGUCAUUUCAAAUGUGAAAUAUGUAAUAAAGCAUUUAUAACAAACGGUGAAUUAAUUGGACAUAAAAGGCUUCAUACAGGAGAACGACCUUACAAAGGCGGAAUAUGUAAUAAAGCAUUCAUAGCAAAAGAAACAUUAAACCAGCAUGAAAUGAUCCACACUGGAACCCGUCCUCAUAAGUGUGCUUUAUGCAAUAAAUCAUUCACAAGAAAAGAAACAUUAAACCAGCAUUUAAUGAUUCAUACUGGAGAACGACCUUACAAAUGCGAAAUAUGUAAUAAAGCAUUCAUAGCAAAACAAAUAUUAAACCGACAUCUAAAGAUUCAUACUGGAGAACGACCACAUAAAUGCAAGAUAUGCAAUAAAGCAUUCAGUUUAAAACGAUAUUUAAAACAACAUGAAAUUGUCCACACGAGAGAAAGCAAUCAUUGA